AUGUUGCUCGCCCCACUUCUUCGCUUUUGGUCCGAUCCAGACCGUCGUCGCAGGUUCCUGCGCUGGGUUUUCGGUGGCACGAGUGGGGCUAUUGCUCUAUUGCUGACCUUAGAGGCGUCACGUGGCUUCUGUCGCACCCCGCUGGAGACGGCUCAGCUAUUGGCAAGCAUCUCCUGGACACUCUGCAAGAUCACAGUGCAGUAUAUCGCGCGAGGUUUCAAGCCCAGAUUCCCCAAGUGGACGUUGCGUUACGAACUGCUGCACGGGCUCAUGCGCACUGCAGCAACCAUGUUCGGUGAGCGCAUCGUAGACGUGCAGCACGCACGAGCCAUUCGUCAUCAUACAGGCAUGUUCGGUACAUGUCUGGGCUGGUUCGCACGUUGGCAACGCGGUUUGAAACUAGAAAGUGUUCGACUCAAUGGAUUGGAGCACAUCUGGCUCAAGUCUAGUACAGAAAUCAACAAUGAAAGAAAGAGGCUGGUGGUGCUCUUUUUCCAUGGAGGGGGCUACGCAGUGCUGAGUCCGAGGAUGUACAUCUCGUUCUGUAGUGCAUUAGCGGGCGCCAUUAAGCAGGAGCUGGCUACGGACGACGUGGAUGUAGACGUUUUCCUUGCAAACUACCGUAAACUACCGGAACAUAAGUUCCCCGUGCCGGCAGAAGAUGCUGUAGCCAUGUAUGAGUAUUUGCUUCAGCAUGAGAAACUGGAGCCAUCGCAGAUAAUACUAGCGGGUGACAGUGCUGGAGGGGGUCUGGUCAUGUCGACUCUACUACGAGUUCGAGAUGGACUGUCCAGUUGGAAGUCCAAGUUGCCAUUGCCACUGGCAGCAAUUGUCAUGUGUCCUCUGGCUGAUCUCACGUGGGAAGAAGAUGAAAUCGCUGGCCAACACUGCGUUCUUCCGCUCAAUAUGAUGGCUGCAAGCGUGUUAUCGUACCAUCCGACGCACGACGAUCCGAGUACGUGGGCGGAUGCCUCUCCAGUGCAUUGCAACCUGCAAGGCCUACCGCCCGUGUUCCUGCAGUCUGCCAGUCUGGAUAGGUUGUUCCAGCAUUCGGUGCGACUCGAGGCGAAAGCCAAAGCUGACGGUGUUAUUAAUUGGGAGGUGGAUAUGCAUGAAGGAGUACCACACGUCUUCAUGGUCAUUCCAAGCUACGUUUUGCCUUACGCUAGUGUCGGCGUUCAGCGGAUGGCAGCAUUUGCAGCCAAGCAGUAUGUGAACAGUAUUUCUCUUGAGCUUAAGGGUGCAAGCUGCAACGGGAAAGCCAGGAUCGACAUUCCUGUCAUUGAAAGCACACUCUCAGCAGCAGCGUAG